UAAUAAUACUAAUGUCUAUCAUCAUACUAAUGAUUUAAAAAGAAGGAAAUCGCAACAAGGGUUUACAUUUUUUCAAGAAUCAUCAAAUGGAACAACUCGCAUUGCAAAUUUAAAGGAACCCAUUCAAUCAACUGUAAUUUUAUUUACAUAAAACAUUUGAUUAUGAUAUAAGAAUGAAAAUAAUAAUAAUAUAUUUUCAACGAAAUUAUGGGCUUGUUUAUUCAUUAGUUUCCACAAGAGGAAUAUUAUAGAAAUCUGAAGAACGGUUUUAUAUCUUCUCCAAUUUCCAAUGGUUUAAAUCAAUCCGAUAAAGAAAUAAAUAGAUCAACGAUGGAACAAUCAUAUUUAUCAAAUGGAAAUAAUAAAUCAGGUGAUUGGAAAUAUGAUUGCAAGGAAUUUUGGCAAUCGAUAGAACUAGCUUUGAACGAUAAUAAAAAAACUACUCAAGAAGCAACCAUUAAUACAGAAAUGAAAUCUAAAAAUCCAUACAGCAUUUCUAAUUGCAAUAAUUCAAUACAAUUUAGUAAUAAAAGUGGUAUAGAAAUGAUAGACGAUUGCAGUCUUAAGGAGUCCACCUCCGUCAGUGUUACAAAUAAAAAACCAAAGACGACAAUUUUGUUAAACAUAAGAGAACAUUUAGCAAAUUAUCAAGAAACCACCAAUGGUAUUUCACGCAAAGAAUAUCCUUUUAGGGAUCUUGUUAAAGUCAUGGGUCAAGCAACAGGUCGAUCAUUGAUCGCUCUGCUUUAUAUUAUUGUUAAUAUUGCACCUAUUGCAGAAAUAUUUCUCUACAUUUUACGAUUCGUAUUGGACAAAUUGAUAAACAUCAAGAAUACUAAUAAUAUUAAUCAAAUGAUUAUCAAAUAUGCGAUAUUUGCAAUACAAUUGCUCAGUAUUUACAUUUGUUUAACUUUUAUAUUUGGUUUAAUCAUUAUGCCAAUUUUAUACAUGGUUCUUCAUAUUGUUGCAAAACUUCUGUCGUAUAAUUAUUGAUGAUAAAGAAAGUCAAAGAAAAUUAUAUUAUAUAUAUUGAAUUAAUAAUCUUUGUUUUGAGUAUUUGAUGUUAUGUGAUGAUUGUUAUUUUGUUCUUGAUAUACAAUAAUUUUGAUUAUUGUUUAAUAAUACGCCAAUUAAUUAACAAGACACUAAGAAAGAAAAUUUGUUUCUAUACAACACUGACCAAAUGACACUUUGGGGAAACUUAAUUUAAUAAUUAC